CAUAGUUGGGCGAAUUCUCUUUGAGAGGAGAGGAGAAGGGACAACCUCGAAGCUAGUUCAAACUAGUGGGAGGUUGUCUGCAAAAAAAAAGCACACUAAAAAAACUUCUAUUUCUGAUUUCCAAAUUAAGAAAUCGAAAUGGCUCGUGGAAAGGUUCAGAUGAAGCGGAUUGAGAACCCGGUACAUCGGCAGGUUACCUUCUGCAAGCGCCGAGCAGGGCUCCUCAAGAAGGCUAGGGAGCUCUCCGUGCUGUGCGAUGCAGAAAUUGGAAUUUUCAUUUUCUCCGCCCACGGAAAGCGCUAUGAACUGGCCACGAAAGGGUUUCUCUCCCUUCUCCUUUAAUUAGUUUCUUUCCCUUUUCUUUUUUUUUUUUUGACUUGAUCCUCCUUUCCCAUGCCCCUUGCUAUAUGUUGUCCGUAAUGGAAUUUGUGUGCAUAACUCAUCUUCAUGAUAGAAACAUAUAAACUUUGAAACCUUCU